GUGACCCAGCGGGCUCCUGAGGACCCCGUGGCUCCUGGAAGGGAGGGGCGCCUAGAGGGUGCGGUGGCCCUUGGAAGGAACCUGGCCUUGGCUGCCCACCUUCCGCCCGCUCACCUCUCCAUUUCUUACCCUGGGCGUCGGGACUGCGCCGCGACUCCCUAUGAAUCUUUACAUGGAUGAGAUGGCAACCACUCAGAUUUCCAAAGAUGAGCUUGAUGAACUCAAAGAGGCCUUUGCCAAAGUUGAUCUCAACAGCAACGGAUACAUUUGUGACUAUGAACUUCAUGAACUUUUCAAGGAAGCUAAUAUGCCAUUGCCAGGAUAUAAAGUGAGAGAAAUUAUUCAAAAACUCAUGCUGGAUGGUGACAGAAACAAAGAUGGGAAGAUAAGUUUUAAUGAAUUUGUUUAUAUUUUCCAAGAGGUAAAGAGCAGUGAUAUUGCUAAAACCUUCCGCAAAGCCAUCAACAGGAAAGAAGGAAUUUGUGCUCUGGGAGGAACUUCAGAGCUGUCCAGUGAAGGAACACAGCAUUCUUACUCAGAGGAAGAAAAAUAUGCUUUUGUGAACUGGAUAAACAAAGCUUUGGAAAACGAUCCUGAUUGCAGACAUGUUAUACCCAUGAACCCAAAUACCGAUGACCUGUUCAAAGCAGUUGGUGAUGGAAUUGUGCUCUGCAAAAUGAUCAACCUUUCAGUUCCUGAUACAAUUGAUGAGAGAGCAAUCAACAAGAAGAAACUUACACCCUUUAUCAUUCAGGAAAACUUGAACUUGGCACUGAACUCCGCUUCUGCCAUUGGGUGUCACGUUGUGAACAUUGGUGCCGAAGAUUUGCGGGCGGGGAAACCUCAUCUGGUUUUGGGACUGCUCUGGCAGAUUAUUAAGAUUGGCUUGUUCGCUGACAUUGAAUUAAGCAGGAAUGAAGCACUGGCGGCUUUGCUUCGAGAUGGUGAGACUUUGGAGGAGCUUAUGAAAUUGUCUCCAGAAGAGCUUCUGCUGAGAUGGGCCAACUUUCAUCUGGAAAACUCAGGCUGGCAAAAGAUCAACAACUUCAGUGCUGACAUCAAGCUUCUUGACUUCAGUAAUUCAGUGAAGGACUCCAAAGCCUAUUUCCAUCUGCUCAACCAAAUUGCACCAAAAGGACAGAAGGAAGGCGAACCACGGAUAGAUAUCAACAUGUCAGGUUUCAAUGAAACAGAUGACUUGAAGAGAGCGGAAAGUAUGCUUCAACAAGCAGAUAAAUUGGGUUGCAGACAGUUCGUUACCCCUGCUGAUGUUGUCAGUGGAAACCCUAAACUGAACUUAGCUUUUGUAGCUAACCUCUUUAAUAAAUACCCAGCACUUACUAAGCCUGAAAACCAGGACAUUGACUGGACUCUACUAGAAGGAGAAACUCGAGAAGAAAGAACCUUUCGUAACUGGAUGAACUCUCUUGGUGUUAAUCCUCAUGUAAACCAUCUCUAUGCUGACCUGCAAGAUGCCCUGGUCAUCUUACAGCUUUACGAACGAAUUAAAGUUCCUGUGGACUGGAGUAAAGUUAACAAGCCUCCAUACCCAAAGCUGGGAGCCAACAUGAAAAAGUUAGAAAACUGCAACUACGCAGUUGAAUUAGGGAAGCACCCAGCUAAAUUCUCCCUGGUUGGCAUUGGAGGACAAGACCUGAAUGAUGGGAACCCAACUUUAACCUUGGCUUUAGUCUGGCAGCUGAUGAGAAGAUACACCCUUAAUGUUCUGGAAGAUCUUGGAGAAGGUCAGAAAGCGAAUGAUGACAUCAUUGUAAACUGGGUGAACCGAACACUGAGUGAAGCUGGAAAGUCAACUUCCAUUCAGAGUUUUAAGGACAAGACGAUCAGCUCCAGUUUGGCAGUUGUGGAUUUAAUUGAUGCCAUCCAGCCAGGCUGCAUUAACUAUGACCUUGUUAAGAGCGGGAAUCUUACUGAAGAUGACAAGCACAAUAAUGCCAAGUAUGCAGUGUCAAUGGCUAGAAGAAUCGGAGCCAGAGUAUAUGCUCUCCCUGAAGACCUUGUGGAAGUAAAACCCAAGAUGGUCAUGACCGUGUUUGCAUGUUUGAUGGGCAGGGGGAUGAAGAGAGUGUAAAAUAACCAAUCUGAAUAGAGCCAACCUUACUCACAGAUGCACGAUUAGCCAGUCAGCUAUUGCCAGGUGAAGUGCUCAUGACUUAAGGAAUUUGUGGUCAUUUAAAGGACUUUCAGUUUUGAUUAACAAGACUAGCUCAUCAUGACAGCCUUCUGGAAAGACUUUUAGUAACAAGCAAUUCCUCUUUCCCUUCGAGCUGGAUCUGUCCAGCACACCCAAACAUGCUCACAACAGACCGUCUGCUCUCUCCUCCUAGAAUGCUGCCCUUGAUAUUUCCUGUCGCUGUGUAUUAUCUCUCCGUGUAUCUUUUCACUCUUAGGAUGUCCAUCUCUUGAGGCUUGCUUACAUGGGUAGAUAGGCCUAGUAUUAGCUUGCCAUUUUGCUUUCCCAGACCUACCAGUUCUUAUUGAAGAACUGUGGUCAGAUACUAUGUGGAGAGGAAGUGUCCUUUGCUUACUUUGUAGUGCUGAAAAUCUGAAGUAACUGGCUGUGCGGAAUGUACUAGAAGCUUUUCUCAUUUGUGUAUUCUUAAAAUCAGUAUCUUUUUACAGUAUUCUUUCUACAUGAUUAUUUUUUGUACAUUUAAGAAUAUUUUGAUUACAGUCAACAAGUCUGCUGAUUCGCUACGUUUUUAAGGGGCUUCAAGUAAAUAUGAAACUAAGCAUAGACUAUAGGUGGAGGAAAAUGGACCAUAAGGUUAUACUUUCCCCUCACACCCAGGCUCAAAUCAAAUGGAAUAUUUUGUCUUCAAUGAGUCAGUUCGACACUUGCUUCUUUUGUCUGAAAACAUAAUCACAGAACUGUCUUUCAAGCUAAAAUUCUGCUGAACAUGACACUUAGGAGGAGGAAGUGAGCUCAGAAUUUAGAUGAUGAUUCAAUAAGCAAAGAAUGCCAAAUGAACAAUAGAUUUUUAAAUUCAACACCUAUAACAAAGAUGUGGUUAUGAGAAAGAGAAAGUAUGUAUGUCGGACUUGAUGUUCUCUUGCUUUGUCAAGCUUUUUGCUAUAGUUGUCUAGAUUAUUAUGUUAUUCUAACUCUGAACGUGAUGUAAUUUGGUAGCAACUUAGUAGUUCAAAUAAAGGCAUUU